UCUGGUACUGUGCGUAACGGCACCCUGCAAAAACAUACAAUGAUAAACAGGUAAAUUAAAUGUUGAUGUAACGACUCGUCCUUAUAGAGGGCACUCAGAGGGUGCAUAUCUAUGCCACUGAAUUAAGGUAAGUAACUUGCAUAAACUUAUGCACUGCCUAGUUACUUAUUCCAUGUUCUUUAAUUUAACCGGGAAAGCAAGACAAAUGUGGUUAAUUUCUGCGAGGGGUAAAUUUCUCUGAAAUCUUCGUACACUUCGCCAACUGAUCCCAAAAGAUCUUUUAAGAAUCCCAAAAUCUUACCAAUUUUAAUAAAAUCCCAGCAUUGCGAAAUCCGAAAAAAAUCCCAUGAUAUAAUCUGUAAAUAUUUCAGAAAAUACUCGGAAAAGACCAAUAAAAACAUCAAGAUCAUUGCAAAGUCGAUAAAUGCCAUCAAGUUUUGAAAAAUGUCCCACGGAAAUAUCCUAUUUAAACCCUUCAAUUCUAUUCCAUCAUAUUUAAUAGAGGAGAUGGUUUGAAAACUCGUUAGCAUUACAAUAAAAUCACAAUAAACCUCAUUAUCUAUGUUGUUCAGGUUUAUGCAAAAAUGUGGUCUUUCAUCGUCACGUGUGUAUUGUAUUUUUCUCAAGUCAACCAAUAGGAAUGUUCAAAAUGUUCUAUUGUUAAAGUUAUGGAUGGGCAAUUGGACAAAACCGUUGCUAUUGGCUGGUUGAGCAAAAAUACAAUACGCACGUGCGAUGAAAGACCACAUUUUUGCACGUAGAUAGUGAGGUUUAUUGUAAUGCUAAUGAGUUUCCAAACCAUCUCCUCUAUUAAAUAUGAUUCCAUGAACUCGUAAUCUUCAUGUUCACUGAUCCAUGAACACUUCGUGUAAAAAAAUUUUAUCACAUGAGGAUCGGGAGAAAAAUGGCGACAAACACGUGUUUGGCUACGUUUUGCAUAUUUAUUCGCUUAUUUUACUUAUGAUUGUUUAUAUAAAGUUCUGUUUUUAUGAAAGCAUUAUUGGAAAAAGUUCAGCGACAAAAAAACGGGGAAAAUAUUUAGGAAAAGUCAUUAAAAAAAAUCCAAAAAUCCCUGACAAUUUGGCAAAAAAAUCUCUGAAUCCCAAAAAAAAUUGCAGGGAUUUUUUAAUCCCAAGAAUCUUCGUACGCUUUUUUUAGAGUAAUUUUCUGAUCCAAUUUCAUUCCGGUAAUAUCUCCAGCAGAUGAAUAGAUAGCUGGAAAUCGUAAAACCUGAUCGUGAAACCAUAUAUUACGCAUAACUAGGGUAAACUGCAAGGUAGGGAUUUCUGCGGGCAUUAAGUGCAAAAAGAACUAAAUAGUGCAAACUAUAUAAAGCACAAUUAUUGGUCGCAGCGAGCCAGCGACUGGUGAGCACUGUGGCCGGAGCUUAAGAAUACGGAAUCGAUUCAUGCCAUAAGUGUACUGUAACUGAGAAAAAGCAAGCCAAUUGUUGCCAAGACUAGGGGUUAAAGGGCGAUCACAGGUGACAGAUUUAUCAAACCUGUGCGUCUCAUUGAAUACUUGCAUACUAUAUAUAAUAAAGCAUAAGCAAGAAUAUAUAUUUUCAAGGCCAAGUGGAAUCUGUUCAAUUACGCGCUGCUUAAGUACGCGUAUAAAAUACAAACGACAAAGCAUUCUUAAGACAUACAGGUAAAUUAUACAGGGUCAGGGUGUAUAAAAAAAGUACACAGUUGGAAAAAGUUCACUAAAGACAUUUUUGAAAACUUUCAGUAAGCCAUUGUAUUUUAAUUAACGUUCUCUGGUACAUCUAACUCUAAAAUUAUUUAAAAUGCUAGCGUUUUUAAAGUAGGAAAGCUAUUACUAAAUAAAACCCCCAAAAGUCCUUGCGAAAAAACAUUUUCCAUCGGACAGAUGUAAUUCAAUCACACAGAGUUAAAAUAUAGACAGUCUUGCACAAGCUAUCAAAGUUUCAAGAAAUUUGGUGCACGCGUAUAGGCCAACGCGAGGUCUUCAAAACCUGGAUUUUCUCGAUUAACGCGAUUUCUUCGCAUAGUUUCAAAUUAAUUUUAUGUAUGCUCGGAUGUUUGCAUAAAUUACAGUACGAAAUUCGCAAGCCAAUUCCCAAAGGUCUUUUCACAAAAUUAUUUACAUGCAGUGUUUAUUUACAAACAAAAUCAAUCUUCAACAUAGGAGGGCACAGUCAUUAAAGAUUGAUUAUAAUUGUAAAUAAACACUGCAUGUCAAUAAUAUUGUAAAUAAACCCUGUUAAUAACUCCAGAACCUUUGGGAAUUGGUUGCGAAUUUCGUACUGUAAUUUGUGCAAACAUCCGAGCAUGCAUAAAAUUAAUUUGAAAUCGUGCAAAGAAAUCGCGUUUAAACUAACAAACUUUGAUUGCUUGUGCAAGACAGCCCAUAUUUUGACUCUUUGUGAUUGAAUUUUGUGUCCGAUAAAAAUUUUUUGCGCAAGGGCAGGGCCUUUUUUGUUUUUUUUAUUUUUUUAUUUAUUUAUUUAUUUAUUAAACUUUGCCAAAAAUACUUAACAGAACAGCAAAUAGACAUCUAGACAAUAAACAUGGACAAAAAUGGCAGGGACACCACAACAGUGUAAACCAAUUAUUGUGGGCCCUAUACAAAAAUACACAUACAGUACAGAAUAUAUAACAUACAGUACAUGGACAGGAGACUAAAAACAAUAAGUUAGUUCAGAACGUAAGUAACGACUAGUGUUACACUUCAGACAUAUAGUCUUCCAUGUCCUCGGAUCUUCUUCGUCGAAGCAUUCUCUCAGGGCUGUCAGGUAGUAAGUUUGUAAAUCGGUUUUGUAUUGCCUAAUAUUGAUGUCAGGAGAUCUUAGUGUAGUUGGUAAAGAGUUCCAAGUUCUGGAUGCAAGAAUAAAGAAGGAGCGUUGGUAGGUAGAGGUUUUGCAUUUGGCCGGACGGAAGGAGAUUUGGUUGCCACUGGAGGAUCUGGUCGUUCUGGUUUGGGACAUGACUUCGGGGAGGACGUCAUGGGACACGUCGUUCACCGCUUUGAAAAAGAACACGAGAUCCAAGUAUUCAUGCCAGUAAGAUAGCGGUAAGAGGCCCAAACUGGCAAGUCGUUCCCGAUAAGUCUCACUGCACAAGUACGGAAGGUUUAAAAUGUACUUCGUUGCUCUUCUUUGGACCCGUUCCUUCCGUUGGAUGAGGGUCACGGUUUUAGGCGACCAAACCUGGCUCGAGUAACCAAAAACCGACCGAACCAAAGACAGGUACAGAGUCCGGCGGGUCCUCGCGUCGCUUAUUUCCCCCAGAACAUCGCUUUAUAAAUCCAAGGAGUUUGUUGGCCCGGGUACACCGGUCUAAAAUGUGUUUAGACCAGGUUAGAUCGCUCGCAAUCCAAAUUCCCAGAUCGUUCUCAGCUGGUAUAAGUGCAAGUUCUUUGCCUUUGAUGCUAUAUAGAUGAUGGAUUGGUUGACUACGUCUGGUAAUGCUAAUACUUUUGCAUUUUCCUUCGUUAAACACGAGAGCGUUUGACGUGGACCAGGAUUGAAGGUUAUUGAUGUCGCCCUGGAGUAACAUAGCAUCGGUGAUGGAGUCAACUCUACGGAAGAUUUUGGUGUCAUCUGCAAAACACGCAACUGUCGAGUUCGUCACAGCGUCUGUUAAGUCAUUCAUAUACAGGAGGAAGAGUAUUGGUCCUAAGAUACUGCCUUGCGGAACACCAGAGCACACUGGUUUUUUGGAAGAAGUAGCGCCAAGAGUUGUGAGGCGCUGUUGGCGGUCAUGUACAUACGAUGUGAACCAUUGGAGAAGAGAUCCGCCAAUGUUAUACUGUUGGAGUUUGUUUAUCAGAGCUGUAUGGCUGACCUUGUCAAAAGCCUUUGACAUGUCCAUGAAGAUUAUAUCGGUUUGUUUGCCAGAGUCUAAAAUGGAUCCAAUAUGUAGUGUAAAACUUCGACUAGCUGGGUUGUGCAUGACCUUACCUUCCAGGAAUGAAACCAUGUUGAGUGGAGUUAGGCGCAUUUACCACAUGAUAUACACAGUAAGAAACCAAAACCAAUCUACUCUCACUACACUACACUACACUACACUACACUACACUACACUACACUACACUACACACUAGUCAAAGCACGUGAAAUCGGGUGGAUAAAGCACGUGGAAUCGGGUGGAUGUGUAUUGCGCACAACAACUGAGCACGACCACAAUGCAACGCGCUAGCAAAAUGUACUGAACAGAAACCUCUCUGCACAAAUUAGGCUGCUUCAUCGCUCGCUCGCUUCAGGCUCGCUCGCUCCGCAGCAAUAACAUGCCUAACAUAUAUAUUUGAAAAAUAUAAAGAAUAAACGUUAAACAGUCACUUCGCAUACUUUGUGCUUGGAAAAUAUAGUUGUUUUUCUUACUAAUUACUAUGUACGUAUUGCAUGCAUGUAUUUGUAGUGUUUUUGAUAUUUUUAGUAAUAUCCUGUUGACAGACAAACACAUGACACAUACAGUAUAUACAUACAAAAAGCCAGCGCGGCAGGCUCUUCUAGGGGAGGGAAUAGGGGAUUCAAAGUCAUGCACAUGAAGAAACUAUGGUUUUCCAUUCGGUAAUUGAUUCAAGCAGCUCAGCACAACUACAGUAUAUACAUACAAAAAGCCAGCGCGGCAGGCUCUUCUAGGGAGGGAACAGGGGGAUUCAAAGUCAUGCACAUGAAGAAACUAUGGCUUUCCAUUCGGUAAUUGAUUCAAGCAGCUCAGCACAAACCUCGCAACAUCCACAGACCUUUAGUGCCAUGGAUCAUGAAAACACUGGAUACAAAACUCAUGAUAUUUUUAGCGUGUUGAGGCGUCUCAACAUUAUUGAAAAUUAUGACAUUACUAAGUUAAAAAUAAUUUAACGUUUAGCAAUAUCAUAAUGCGAAGUAAUGCGAAUAUCUAAAUAUUGUUGGUCAUUUUAACAUACCAAGCAUACCAAGCAAGCAGUUUAGGCCUGUUUCAAACGUCGCGCUUCUCAUGUGCCGCUAUGCAAAUAUUUUCGUAUUCAUUGACUGUGAAAACAAUCAAUUUCUAAAGAAAUUAAUACUGAUAAUAAUUUUGAAUUUGCAUAGCGGGACUAAAUUGUCGGGCUGGCUACGCCACUGCUUGUAUUUGAAAUAAAUAAAGGAAAAAACGCACAAAAAGUAAAAAAAUAUUAACCAUCAUUUAUAAUUAGAGGAGGAUAGCAAUGGUCACGUGUGUGGGGGUGUACUCCCCCAGAAAAUAUUUGAAAUUUGAAGCACGGAAAUGCCAUUUCCUGCAUUCUGAGCAUCCAAAUUUGCUCUAAAAUUUGUGUUGACUAUACUUGUAUUUGAAAUAAAAGAAGGAAAAAAUGCACAAAAAGUAAAAAAGAAUAUUAACCGUAAUUUAUCAUUACUUAUUAGAGGGAUAAUCCCCAGAAAAUUUUAGAAAUUUGAAACCCGGAAAUGCUAUUUCCUGCAUUCUGAGCAUCCAAAAAAUAAUAAAAUUAUUAACAAUAAUUUAUCAUCACUUAGUGGUAGAAAAACGUAACAAUUUAAAUCGAUUUUGUUAAAUAAGGACAAAGGAUAAAGCCUAAAACUUACUUUCCGUUUAUCUAUUUGUUAAUCUUCGCUGGUUUGUUUGAAUAAUUUUAGGGAAAAGGGACUUUUCCUGGGGGGGAGGGGCAAGAUGUGAUUUCAUGGGGGGGGCAGCUUGUAUGUUAAAAAGGCCUGUUUUUUCCCCUUUAUUGGACCUUCGUAAUUGAACAUCUUUGCCCAUCUAGUCAAAUAAAGGCAAUUUUUCCGAUCAUAUUUCUGUCACCCAAUAUAUGUAGUACAUCCAAGAAAAUAAUGAGUGACGCCGGAGUACCGAUAAUCGAAGGUUACCACGGUGAAGACCAAUCAGAUGAAAGACUGAGAUCAGAAGCUGAAAGGAUUGGGUAAGAUUAUACUAAAUGCUGCUAAAAAUUUCGAAGACGAAUAUCGUUCUCAUCUCUAUUUUCGCAAAAUUUUGCUUUUCGUUUAUAACAUGAUAUUUUGUUGGUGUAAUAUUUUUCCAACAGUUGGUAGGUUUCUGUAAGUGACAUGGGAUUGCAGUCAGCUUCAGAAUUAUUCACAUUAUCUGUUUGCCAUAUAGAAUACAACCAAAUAUCUGUUGUACGUGGAACAUCUAAUGUAUUGUAGAACUCGAUGUUGGAGGGAUUUUGUAGAUAUAAUAUAUAGUGUAAAUUUUAUACAUAGCCAGCCUAGAGCAGCUGCAAAAACUUCGAGUAUUGCCCCUCUGGCAGGAUUCGAACCUGAGGCCCUGCGAUUCUGGUGUAGCGUUCCAACCAACUGAGCUACAGUUCUAAACGCAAGUUCAUGUAAUUAAAGGGCAUCUCACUCGAUACCUCCAAUAUUUAUACUACCCACUGAGAUGCCCAAAACCCUGAUAUUGUAAAACUCGCCUAUAUUGAGCACAAGAUGAUGUGGUAUGUCCUUCUAUUGUCCAUUUCUAGAUAUCCAGUGAUGUUAAAAGCUGUGAGAGGUGGAGGAGGAAAGGUAAUAUAUUGAUCUAACGCGAUCUGUUAGUCCGCAACUAUUACUCUAUCUUUAUGAUAUCGAACACUUUCUAGCAUUCUGCGAACCAAAACGCAUUUCAUCGAUUAUAACCAUGCGACUGAAAGUGAAUAUUUAACACUCAUUGACUGGGACGCAGGUAAACAGUAGGUUUGUCCCUUUGUGAACACUCUAUUUCCCGAAAGUCCCAGUCAAUAAGUAUUUUUAUUAUUAUAUUCCAAGUGUCAAAGAGAAAACAAAAAAGAAACAAAGAAACGCGAAACUUGCAUAAUUUUUGCUUUAUAAACCAACGAUUUUAUUAUUCACAGGUGAAUAAAAGUAAUGUCCACCGGUCAGUGCUGUUGUCACGUGAUACGCUCUCGUCCAAUGAGUUGCAAGAAAACAUGAAGUUUGACACUUGGUAUAUAAUAAUGAUUUUUAAUGCCUAAAUGGACCCGGUAACCUCACAUGAGAUAGCGCUCACAUACUAAGCUUCCUUAGUUGUGGUUUAAUACGGAAGUUAUGACCAUUUUACCGAUUUCGAUUAUUCAUCUGAAUUAGGGUAUGAGAACUGUUUGGAAGGCGGAGGAAUUUGAUGAAGCGUUGGAAUCAGCCAGAAGAGAAUCAAUGAAAUCAUUUAAUGAUGAUAACAUGCUCGUGGAAAAAUUUGUAGAAUCACCCAGGUAAACAUGUCGUGAGAUAUGGCGCGCGAAUAUUAAAAGCACGUGCGCGAGGUAAACAUUUUCGAUUAAUAUUUAAGAGAAAACAUUGACCUUUCAAUGUUGGCACGAAUGUCAUUUUUUCAUCAGGGACUUUUUGUCCACGUGAGAUCAACGCCUUUUUGUCCACGUUCUAAGUUGUUUACAAGUUGAUAACAACAAGCUCGUAGCAACUCGUUAUGAACAGCCUGUAUUAGUCUUGUUGGAACAACUUGUAGCAACACUGUUACCGUCAUACUUUGUAACAAGGUAAUAACAACUUGUUCCAGACAACAUCUGGGAACAUACAGUGCGAACACAUACAACUUAUUUGCAGAUCUGCAACAACUUGCGCGUGUGUAGGUGUCUAGUAACCCACCACUGGUUAUCCACGUGACUUGCAUAGCGUCAGCAUAAUGGAAACGGCCUUAAUGAUGAAUGAAUUAAACCAUGCCAUGCACAGACCAAAGAGAAUACUCGUUACUACCACACUGAAAAGCACUAUUUCAACCUCGUUUUAGUAUUUUGAAUUAUAAACAUCUUAUAAAUUCCAGACAUGUCGAAGUGCAAGUGUUUGCAGACACGUCAGGAAACACAGUGUAUUUAUUUGAACGAGACUGUAGUGUACAGAGACGUCAUCAAAAGAUUAUUGAAGAAGCUCCAGCACCAGGGAUCUCACCCGAGGUACGCAGGAAACUGGGGGAAGCUGCUGUGAGAGCCGCAAAGGCUGUCGGGUAUACUGGCGCAGGUAUGGUUAUACAAGUUUUCACGCUGAUUCGAACAGUAGUAUUUUUGUCCUUGUUUGACGCAUAAAACCGAUAAAGCCUAGCAAGUAGUCGAUCUUGAAAGUACAAGAUUAAUAAUAAUUAAUUAAUAAAUUCCGAGCACGUGCAAGGAAUUUUUAGUAGGCGAUUAAGGAAACGUAUUGAUGCGAACACACUAACAAACGGACAAACAAACGGACAAACUCACAGGCAGAAUAUAAUGCGGUGCCAAACUUGGGCACCGCAAUAGAAUAACAUACUUGGCAAAUGUUAACGAUGCCACUUCACUUUGGCCUAAAACUAAUUCAGUUAUUUUCUCUAUUACAUAUUACAUAGUCUCUUAUCAUGACUUCAACCUGUUUUCCAAUUCAACCGUAUCGGCACGUUUUCUUUUGAGUGUCAUUCUGCUUUAGUGCUCCCAAAACGAAGGAAAACCCUGCGUUUUGUUACGAAGCGUUUGGAACGGAGUGCAAGCUUUGGAAAUUUGUUGUCAAAACAGGGCUCGAAAUAACGGCCGAUCAACGAUCAAUGAUCGGCAUGAAAUUGUUUUUGAUCGGUGAAGAAUCGACGUUGCCGUUCACCUUGAUCGGCAAGAAAUAUAUUUGAGCAUUGUCUAAAAGACAUGCUUACCUGUACACAGUAAAAGACAAAUAAAAGUAAACAUAAAACACAUUUAAAAACACGCGAAAAGCUCUUGUUUAGUUGAUACGAGUCAUACGACAGGAAAGGCAGCAAUACUAUUCUCGCUCUAAAGUAAUUAAUUUACUUUUAUUAAAACAAAUUUACACGAAAUAUUGUCGUCUUUUCAACAGUACAGUCUGCAAUCCGAACCGCUGAUGACGAACGUAUCUUUGUAUAAUAAUUUCAAAUUGAUAGGAUUUUUUGAGUAGGAUUUUUUAUUUUUGGUAGGAUUUUCUCUUUUAAUAUAAAAUAAUAAGUUUUAGUUCUUAAUUGAUAAUGCUGCUGUGUUUCUUGCUUUUGUGUGAAAAAAUGCAAUGGUAUAAUUAAAACUUGAAAAGUGUUAUAAUAAAAUAAAGUUUAUUAAGCACUAGUUAAAUAUAGUUACACUAUUAGUAGUGUAUAUAUAAGUCCACAAAUGUCAUAGAUCUAAACUUCAAUUUGAAAUAAAGUUAAACUUCAAAUUUAUUCAAUGCCCACUGGCAUAUUUAGAAUUUUUUUAAGGAAAUGAGGGUAAAUGCUCCUGAUCGGCCAGAUUUUUAUUUGAUCGGCAAAAAGUCCUCAUUGCCGAUCACCAUGAUCGGGAAGGUUGCGAACGUUAUUUCGAGCCCUGUCAAAAUGAAUUUUUUGGCCGUUUAGGUACUGUAGAAUUUAUAAUGGACAAAAACCACGACUUUUAUUUCAUGGAAAUGAACACGAGACUGCAAGUAGAGCAUCCUGUGACAGAAAUGAUAACUGGACUGGAUCUUGUAGAGUGGCAGUUGAGAGUUGCGGCUGGGGAGACUUUACCACUUCAUCAAUCUGAUAUUGAUUUUAAUGGCUAUUCUUUUGAAGCAAGGAUAUACGCUGAAGAUCCUGAUAAGUAAGGCAACAGUAAUCAGCUUCGUUUUUGUAGGGGCGCUUUCCAUUAACACGGCCAGACCGGUCAGAACAGGUGAAAUUGUUGAAUGGAACACAAAACGUUUGGGCAUCGGGCGGGACUCGGACCGAUCUGACCGGAAGAUCUGGAUCAAAUUAGAUGGAAGUCAGACAUGCAUUUUCGCUAGUUAUUUGAGAAACAUAGCCCAGAUCUUCCCAUUAAUACAGGCACCAGGGUGUUAGCCAGCCAGGCGGCCGUCCGACCGUCCUAUGGACGGCCACUUCUGAAUUCGGACGCCUAAAUUUUAAUGGACGGCCUAAGGGAAUAUUUUCUUUAAAUAGCAAUUUACAAGCUUUGUAAUAUUUCUUGAAUACUUCGAAUUGUUGUCAUCUGCUGUUUACUUUACUUAUGGUAUAUGUUUUCAUACUUUUCCCCCUCGAAAUCCCGUUGAAUACGGCUGACUUGAAGUACCAACAAACACGCCAUGUUUCUGUAACCAUGUUGAUGAUUCUCGCAUGAAGUAUCAAGGAGAAUAAUUUGAAACCGCCGUUUUAAAAAACAGCAAUCGCUUUAUCGCUCGAGCGCCACUUGCUUAAUACUUACAGUUACGGUAAAGAUGGCUUUAAAAUGAGCCAAACGCAUAAAAAAGGGGGAAAAUAUCGGCGAUUAACUAAACAUUACACUGCUGCGUUGUGUUCUCAUUAUAUACUGUACAUCGUAGUGAUCAUAUACGGUUCAUACCAUACGUGUGCUUUUACAAUGAAUAACUGAAAUGUGCAUCUAAAAGUAAAAAGGUUCAACGAAUAGAACACCACAAUUCCACAACAAAAAAUUGCGGCCACGCCCAAAAACAUGUGACCACGCCCACAAAAUUAUUCUGGACGGCCACUUUUGAAAUCCUGGCUAACACCCUGACAGGCACUAGCAACACGUUCCUUGAGAGUUUGCAUGGCGAAUAAUAAGAAAACUGAUAGAAACUAGCAAGUUGGUACAAGCUUAAAUUAUUGUUAAACGGCACUAUAGAGAAUUUUAAACUUAAAAUUUAACGAAUAUAUUAAGAAUAGUGCAUGGAGCGCCCUAAUUAGUUUGUUUUUGAUGAGCCAUGGCCGAAAUGUCUCAACUUCAGACCUUUAAAUAUCGUUUCGUUAUUCCAUCUCAAAUUCUCGAAUCGCAGUCAGUUUGAAAUGAAUCUAAUCGAUGAACAUUUUACUCUAUUUCUCGUGUUGAAAUUUACAUUUAAAUUGCAUUGCAGUUACUGUUUCACCUUGUAACACACUCUUAAUUUGCAACGUUCCCACUCGCUGCGUCCCUGACUGCAGUAAUUAAUAGGUAUCGGCCAGGGGUUUUGGGUAUACAGUAUUUAAUAGGCUUUUAAUUUAGAUAUACAGUAUAUUUACGAAACGAAAUUGAAAUUAUGGAUAUUUGGUAUAUUUAGAUUUUGUAAAUUUUUGGUAUAAAGUUUACAAAAGUUGUUUUAAGCGUCUUUUCGGGUAUUUUUUGACGAUUUUUAUGAGGUAUUUGGUAUACCCCCUUGCAGAUCCCAAAUAAUAUACUGUGCCUAUACCUAGCUGUUGUUAUAUUUCAGUGACUUUCUUCCUGGUGCUGGUCCUUUAGUUCAUCUUACGACACCUCCUCCAUCAGAAGAUGUGAGGAUAGAAACAGGAGUUGUACAAGGUUAGAAAGAAAUUAAACAUAAAACCUCUUUAUUCCAGUCGUUGAUCAAUAUUAAAUAUAGAUUCAAUCAAUUGAAUAUACUAGACAACAGCAAUAAAAUAUAAUUUUGUCGCAUUUAGAAAAAAAAAUUCAAAAUAUAGACCUUUUGCCCCAAUUAACCAUUGGAAAAAAUGCUUUUAAUUAAAGAAACUGGAGUUCAUUAUUGUCUCUACUGAGUAGCGGUUCAUUUCAAGCAUCAAAAACAUUCACCUGAGUACAUAACAUUAAAACACACAAAAAUAUUGUCCUCUAGAUGUUGUGCAUGAGCUCAUUUUAAGGUCAUCUGCAAGUGGUCUACAUAUUGUAAACUAUUUGCGAAAGUUUUGUAUGGUAUAGAAAAUAUUCACAUUCUGUGAACCACUGCAUGAUUCCGAAAUUCGGACUGGAUAGAGCAUCCACUAUGUUUGAUAAAUAAAGCCAAUGGUGGCCAUAUUGGUGUGAGCGCCGCAAAUCUGCAGUGGUGAACAGGGUGGUGUUGUUGACAUGUUAGAAGAGGUUCCUAAAGUUUCUCGUGAUUGUUAGGAAUAAAAAAUUUGAGAGAAAUUCGGUAUUAGUCUCUUCCUUCUGAAAUUUGCCAGUGAAUCAUUAAUGACGUCACUCCAACAUGGCUGCCCCAAGUCUCAUGACAUAGACAGAUUUAGAUCGAGGACGCGGACGUCAAAGACGACGUGAAAUGGCGUCAAAAUGGCCAUACAUGGACACAACAUGCACGGGCACAUUUUCACGUCAUCUUUGACGUCCGCGUCCUCGAUCUAACUAUGUCUAAUAUCUGUUAUGUAAAACGAUCUAAAACUAAUUAGAAUGGGUGUGGGAAGAAGAUACCCACUUGUUAGUAUAUCUAAUUUAAACACGUAACAAUUUGAUUCGUAAAGAAUAUAUCAAUAAAAUCUUCCUCCAACCAAAUAAAUAUAAACGUUACUUGAUACAUGGUUUGGUUGGGGAACUAGUUUCAAUGCAUUUUGUAAUUAUUUUUAGUCAGUAAAAGAUAUGUUAAGUCUUUGUUCAUUUUUCUGGUAUUUUAAGGUGACGACGUUUCUGUCCAUUAUGAUCCUAUGAUCGCGAAACUUGUUGUUUGGUGUAAAGAUCGACCAUCAGCAUUACGAUUAUUAAGAGAUUCACUGCGAAAAUAUAACGUACGUAUUCUGAUAGAUUCAUGUUGAUAUUCUAAUAAUUUAAAACCAAUUCAUAACAUAUUAUCAAUGGUAUCAUGCAUAAUGAUGCUGGAAUUAAUACGUUCUGGAAAUAAUAGCGACGUUCAGAUUUGACUACCGCUAUACCACUACUUCUCACUGACUGAGUACGCAUUGCUUAGCGGUAUAUUGGAAGUCAAACCUGAACCUCUCAACCAAUGAAAUGAAAUAACAUGCCGCUAAACCAGAAGUUGGCGAUAAAAAUCGCAGCCGAAGUCGCCCGUCUAAACAGUCCUUCACAGUAUUAACUCUGAGUCAGUAAAUACUUGUUAAAUUAUACUCAUUAAAUCAGCCUGACGAGAUUCUAUUAGUUUUUGUGAUACUGAUGUAGACAUUUAAACUAUUUGUAGAUUGUUGGUCUUAGUACCAAUUUAGAUUUUCUAAUAAAUCUUUCAAGUCAUACGGAAUUUCAGAAAGGAAAUGUCAAUACAGAUUUUAUACAGGUAUGACUUGUAUCGUGACUUGUAUAUCAAUCCAGUUUUAUGGAUCAGUGUGCAUGAGAUCCAAAUCGUCCAAUGUAUAUAUAAGAUUGAUAAAAGUGUGUGUAAAAUAGUAUUUAAUGUUUUUUGAUGAUCCACUAUAUUUCAACUUUUCAUUUUCAGGAUUAUUAUAAAGAAUUAUUUCCAGAAAAGAAAUCGUUAUCUUCAGAUUUAUUGGCGAGGGCGUCUAUUUCGUUAGUUUUAUUGGAUAUAAAUAGAAAUACCCACAAAAGUUCUGUUGGUAUGUUUACUUGUUUAUUUGCUGAGUUGUAUGACAGAAUUAUACUUUGGAUACAACGGAGCCACUGCAUGUUUAUAAAACAUGACAAGAAUAUGUGACUCAAAGAAUGUUGUGUUCUGGCCGAAAAAAUCAAUUUGUUCAAUACAUAUACGUUAGUUCACGUUUUCGCAUAAAUCCCGAGAACACUCACAAAAAUUUGCAGAACUGCCACGUGUCCCGCAUUUAGUGUGAAAAUCACACAUUUCAAUUUUGGUCGCGCACACAUGUCGAAAAUUGCCUUCAAAUCACGCAUUUUCAAAAUUUCAAAAUAAUUUAAGACUUAAAGAUUUUUUUCCUCAGAAGUCAGAAGAUCACCUGUAUCUUCUUCAGUUGUGUGAAAGACAUUUUACAGCUCUUCGGCACAUAUUUUAGUCUAAUUUAAUCAAUGAGUAUAUUGCCAAUUCUGUCGUGGGGGAACUUUGGUCAAAUCUGACAUGUUGUUAUUAGCUUUGUGAUAAAAUAUGGCAGUAAUGCUCCAAGCUGUGAGGUGUCGCACAUUCCUAUCUUCCGAAUUUGACUGAUCUGUUUGUCAGCAAUCCCUAAAGGCAAAAUAAGUAUUCAUGAGAGACACUAAAACAGUGGUGUAAAUUCUGUCUGAGAUUUGUGGGGGGAGCCUUGGUCAAAUAUUAGCAAUUCUGUAAGAGAAGCACGUUUUGUGAUCAAAUAUGGCAGUAAUGUUCCAAGCUGGGAGGUGUCGCACAUUCCUAUCUUCCGAACUUGGUAGGUCUGACUUUGGUACCGUGGUUAAGCAUUACUUGCGCAUAGGAUGAGAUUAAGGAUUAUACGAUUGUGAAAGACUGAUUUAAAAUAAGUGUUAGGGUGACCAUCAAAGUUAAGAUGAAUCACUGAAUUAGAGUUAGAACUAAGGGGUAGAAUUGGGUUAGAAUUAGUUUCAAGGUACAACGUCUUUAAAUUGGAGAAAAUUUAUAUAGAAAUUGAGUCCUGCGUGUAUUUAUUUUCAGAUAAGUUUUCACCAUGGAGUUCAUCAUCAAGCUUUCGAGUAAAUAGUAAUUUAUCAAGAAAACUGGUUCUGAAUGACGGAGAUUCAGGUGCGAAUGUGAAAUUUCUUUACACACUAAAACAUAUGUGAUAAACAAGGACUAUAACGAGUAGGAAGUAUGGUAACCUUACAACUUUGUGAAUGAGUUAACAUCCAUUGACUCCAUUGCUUCGUCUGUAGAAAACCUUUCUCCAGCUGCAUGGAGGAGGUCUUUUGAGCAACUACCCCAUGACCCAUGGACUAUUCUUGGAUUUCAAUCACGUGAUAUUUCUGCUCGAGUGGGGGUCAAUCAUUGGACUGAGGUCAACUAAAACAACAAAUAAACAAAAUGGCUGUCAACGCAUCUUUUGUGAAUGAGUUCUCCGACCAUUGUGUAUAAAAGCCACUAUAAAACAAUAUAAACAAUUUAAAACAAUAUAAACAAUAUAAAACAAUAUAAACAAUAUAAAAGCCGUCCUUGACCCCCACGUGACGUACAAGUCACGUGUGUUUAUUAGUCGCGCGUGCACACCAAGAAAAUUGAAUGUGAGGCUAGCGAGGGCUGAAGCGGACUGAAAACUGUCAAGCAGGACUGCUAUGGCGCAUGUUCAAAAAUGUUCGCUCGUCCCACGCAGGCAAAGCGACAGUAAUGGAAAACGGCAUUUAUUGUCAGUAAUUACUUUGUUUACAUUUCAGAUGUUGAAAUUUCGUUACGCUUUGAAGAUGACGGUCAUUAUAAAAUUCAGGUAUGAAAGAGAAUGAAUAUUUAAAGUUGCUAUAUGUCUGCAUGGUUGUAGAACUGGGAACGAAAAUACAAUUUCAGAAUUUUCUGUACAGUCUAGCUGGCUAAAACUAAAGUUAUAAGUAUCACUUUAAAGCCUUUUUGUGUAUGUAAAUGGUCUCUGUUGUUAAUUGGACACAAUUACAAGGUCGAAGAAGAGGAUUCAUACGUACACCUCUCUCUUCCGCAGAGCCACUUUAAGCAUUAGAAAGAACUUACCGUUAUAGCGCACUUUUCCCUCAGCCGAAACUUCAUGUAAGCAUCUGCUGUGGAAACAGUGCAUACGCAUAAGAUAUAUAAUAUGCGACUAUCACAGAUCUGGUAAGACAACGAAAUUCUUCCAAAUUCAAUUAUUUUAAUGUGAAGCACAUAAAGUCAAUUGUGACAUUUAACAAUUGUCCUACAAGCUCGAGUCGCGAUGACGGUUUUAUAAUAAAUAUAUACUAGACUCUUCUGUAUGGCACACAACUUGCCGUAGAACAUUCAAAUGUCUUUGUAAUGUUGUUUAAAAUGAAAUGAUUUUAUAACUUUACUGAAAACUUGACAUUUCCAAGGCCCCUUAAAUAUCAUAACUACACUUCCCGCGAAUGUUUUUUUUUCUGCAAUAUUUAUUGGGUACAUUACAUAUAUAUAAUUAUAUAUAUUAUUAGAUUGGUGAAGAUGUUUUACAUGGUCAUGGAAGUUUAGAGAUUGAUGGUUCUCAGAAAACUGUCACAGUAACGAUUGAUGGUGUUAUUUCAAAAUUGUCUGUCGUAGAAAAUGAUGGUACUUUACAUUUAUUCUCUUCGGUAAGACGUUCUGCAUGCCGGUAUCUCAUUCCAUUUUGUCAUCUGCUAUACUCACAUGGGAAUGUAGUUGUUAGUAAUAAUCAUCACACUCGUCUUCUUUGAUUUCGUAAAGAUUGUGAACAUUUCAUUUAGUAUUUUUUUAAUUUUUUCAUUUUGUGCCCAAAGACAAGAUCUUUUUGUUUCCUGAAAAUAUGAAACGAAUCUCUCAUUUCAUUCUUAUAUCUUGACGUGAUAUUCAUGUAAUUCGUGACUUUGGUACAGUGAUACGUUAUAGAUCGUUACAGGGGACAAACUAUUCGAUUAUACAUACAUACGUUAUAGUUUGUUUCAAGAUUUUUUGGUACGUUUGUGCCGUUCUCCCCUGUAACAAAUCCAUCACUAUUUGGAACAACCCACAACUGUAUCUGUUAUGAAGAUGAUUCUCUUAUGAAUUAAUCUCUAUGUGUCCAUUGCUUUUUCAAUGCUUCAAAUAUUAAAUCUUAUAAUGACUGUAAAAUAUUAAAAUAUUAAAGUAUUAAAGGAUGAAAGGAAAUAUCAUAUAUUAUUUGUAGGAAGGACAUUAUAAAGUUCAGAGAAUCGUCCCUGAUUUUAUAAAAAGUAAAUCUGAAGCCAUGAAUCUUGGUGAUGCAGUAGCACCAAUGACUGGAACUAUUGUCAAGGUUUGUCAUAUUAAAUAAAUACAGAGCAUGAACCUUAGAUUUACUUACCCCAAUCAGAGGGGAGUACACUAUCGUGUCAAUUCCAGCCUCGUGCCCUUUACAUGCAUGCAUGCAUGCAUGCCAUCUGCUAAUACCAGAGAGACAGACUAUUUCUUUUUUUGAAGGGCAUGCAUGCAUUUCCCUAGACUUGAAUUGGCACAAUAUAGGCGUUGUUUGGGGAAGAUAUUAUAAAGUACUGAAAGUCGUUAUCUUGUAAUGUAGGUGAACGUUGAAAAUGGACAAACUGCGAAAGAAGGCGAGGUCAUUAUGAUCAUCGAAGCAAUGAAAAUGGAAGUAAGUUUCAAAUUUUGACCUUCAUAAUCAAAGGUUAACUUAAAUGUUUGUGUAUUUCAUAAAGUUUCGAUUCCUCCCAUGUUUAGUGAAAUCGAGACACUAUACCUGGUACGUUCUGGAAAGGUGUACUGUCUCUGUAGUUAUGCACCUGAUUACAAAAUUCUGAAAUUUAACAUUGCCGCAGCCUAGACCUAGGGCCCUUUUGCCCUUCCUUCGCCCUCCCCCCAAAUUGCCUAGGUUCGAGUCUUCUCGUGUGAAAAAGCGCUAAAUAUAAACAGAAGGCUCUAGCGCUAGACUGACAUUGCCGUAGUUAAACUAGUUCCACCGUAUUUUUCAUGUGCCGAACCUAAUACAAUGAGCUGAACCAUGAAUUGUGUCGUUAAUGUUAGGUUCAGCAAAUAUUAACGUGGGACUAACCUCAAAUAUAAUUUUUGGUUUGUGCAAUAUUUGGGUCAUUCUAAGAAGAAAUGUCAUGUAUCUUCUUGAUCAGCUUUUUCACUGUCAAAGUUUCAUGAUAUGAUGUCAUUAUGUGAAUUUUUGUACAAAAAACAAAGGAAAACUAAUUUGCAAUUCAUCUAAUAACAUCAUAUCCGGAAACUUUGACAGUGAAAAAGUUGAUCAAGAUGGGAUUUUUUAUUAUAAAGAUAUAUUACAUUUCUUCUUCGAAUGAUCCAAAUAUUACACACACCAAAAAUAAUAUUUGGGUUUACUCGCACUUUAAUUAAGCGCGACAUCUAAACUAGGCUUCAUAAUUCUUACGAAACACUUAAUCUAAAUUUUUUAUUUCUUCAGCAUGUGAUCUAUGCCCCUAAAGAUGGAGUUAUUGAAAACGUUCUCUACUCGGAAGGUGAUACGGUUGAAAGAAACUCUGUAUUAAUUACAUAUGUAAAGGAAACAAAGGAGUAACAGACAUAAAUCUCAUACUAGCUGUAGAAAAUUAAAUGAAUGUAUCCUAAUAACAUGUACUGUAGAUAUGAUCUGCAGCAUUUGAUAUCCAAAAUAUAUAUUUAUAAUCGAUGUACUGUAUGACAUACAUGAACUGUCCUUGAAUUCGCGAGUGUAUCACCAGUUUGAAGGCCACCACUCUAGUUCGCACAGGCAGUAGCAACACUAAAACAGUAAGGGGCCUGUCUUGCAGACCAGAAAUGACACAUUUAGUUUAAGGCCUACUCGUAUGGUACUAUUUUGCUCGGAUGACAGGGAAGGCGAGAAAAUUUUGAUGCACCAGGCAAACGAAAGUCGAACGGCGAUGAAAGCGAACAACAUGGUAUCUCCGGUUCAUUGUUGAACUGCUUCUCCGACUAUUUGAGCGAAAGACGUCGACGGAGUGUCAUCCUCUUUUCUAAACGCAUCAUCAGGGGUGCCACAAGGCAGCGUAC